AAGUGCCAAUUUGCUUUCUUUUAAAAACCAUUGUCCAAAAUACACACAACCCAGAAACACAAUAUAUAAAAACAAAAACAGAAACACACAAGGCAAAUCAAUUACUCAAACUUGGGAAAGAAAAUUGUAGGAAGAUUUUCUUGAUCAUGAAGAUGAAGGGAAGAGAAGCGAAAGGACCUCCAGCAGCAGAUCUGUUGGUCUGCUUUCCAUCUCGAGCCCAUCUUAGCCUUAUGCCCAAGCCCAUUUGCAGCCCGGCAAGGUCAUCGGAGCACAGCAAGCGCCAUCACCAUCUCCACCACCACCUGAAGAAAUCAAGCACCAGAAGAGGCAGCACGGGGCAAGCCAGCCCAAUGUUAUGGGCCAAGACGAAGCCCAUGGGCUCGGAGCUGGUCUCCGAGCCCACGUCCCCGAAGGUGACCUGCGCCGGGCAGAUCAAGGUCCGGCACAAUACGAGCUCGUGCAAGAGCUGGCAGUCGGUGAUGGAGGAGAUCGAGAGGAUGCACAAUAACAAAAAGCAGAGGAAGAAACCCCACUGGGCCGAGGCGUUAGGGUUCAAGAAAGAGGUUAUGCAGUUUCUCACGUGUCUUCGGAGCAUCCGCUUCGAUUUCCGGUGCUUCGGGUCGUUCCACCACGGAAACGACAUCACCACUGACGACGACGAGGAGGAAUUGGAAGAGGACGAGGACCGGUCGAGGGAAACGACGGCUGCCGAUGGAGUCGAAGGUUCCAGAACCGUAUUCUCCAAGUGGUUUAUGGUUUUGCAGGAGGAGCAGAAUCAUUGUGAUCGUAAUAAGAGAGAUCAGAGAGUGAUCAAUGGGUCUGAUCAAGAAGGCAUCUCCGCUGUUGGUGAUGGUGGUGGGCCCGCCGUUCCGCCGCCGAAUGCUUUGCUGCUGAUGCGGUGUCGGUCUGCGCCUGCGAAGAGUUGGUUGGAAGAGAAAAAGGAAGAAGAAGAGGAAGAUAAUGAAGAGAAGGAUGAAGAUGAAGAAGAAGAAAGAGAAGACGAAGCAGAAGAGAAAAAGAGUAAGAGGAGUUUGAAGUGUUUGAUGGAGGACGAGAAGAGGAAGAUGAACGAGAGUUUGGUCGUUAUGAGAUACGACCGUGAUUUCUACAAGAUUUCUUCUGACAUCGCAAACGAGACUUGGGUUGUUGGUGGAAUCAGAGAUCCAUUGUCCAGGAGUCGAAGUUGGAAGAGAUGAUCAUCAUCGACAUUUACUUUCCUUUCCACUUUCGUUUUCAUUUACUCUUUUUUUUUUUCCUGGUUUGUCGUUGAAGCUCUUUUUAUUUUUCGGCAAAGAGUGAUCAUGUGUGGGAGUUUAAGAAAAUCCCAAUAUUCUCCAAGUAAAAAGUACUGUCUGUAUUAGAUAUGAAUCUGUACAGCUUUUCUUUCCUGUUCCUGGAAA